UGGGAUUCAGGACCCAUAUGUGGGUCCAAAGUGGAUUUUUUGUUUGUUUGUUUUUGGAGACAGGGCCUGGCUCUGUCACUCAAGCUGGAGUGCAAUGGCACGAUCUUGGCUCACUGCAACCUCUGUCCCCCAGGUUCAGCCAUCCUCCCACCUCAGCCUCCCAAGUAGCUGGGACCACAGGCAUGAGCCUAGCUAAUUAUUUUUGUAUUUUUUGUAGAAAUGGGGUUUCACUAUGUCACCCAGUGUGGUCUCAAACUACUGAGCUCAAGCGAUCCGCCUACCUCAGUUUCCCAAAGUGCUGGGAUUACAGGCCUGAGCUACCACGCCCCGCCCUGAUUUGGAUCUUGCUCCUACUCCCAGGAAGGCCAUGUCCUAGCAAGAGAGACACCAGGUGGCGCGCGCCUCCACCUCCAACUUCACCACCAACAGAGCCUGGGACCCAGAGGCCAUGGGUCCUACACAAUCUGGAUGAUGGCGUCUGCGGCAGCAGCGGAGGCCGAGAAGGGAUCUCCAGUUGUGGUGGGCCUGCUAGUUGUGGGCAACAUCAUUAUUCUGCUGUCAGGCCUGGCCCUGUUUGCCGAGACCAUAUGGGUGACAGCCGACCAGUACCGCGUAUACCCACUGAUGGGAGUCUCAGGCAAGGAUGACGUCUUCGCUGGUGCCUGGAUUGCCAUCUUCUGCAGCUUCUCCUUCUUCGUGGUAGCCAGUUUUGGUGUGAGCGCCACACUCUGCCGCCGCCGGUCCAUGGUCCUCACGUACCUGGUGCUCAUGCUCAUCGUCUACAUCUUCGAGUGCGCCUCCUGCAUCACGUCCUACACCCACCGUGACUACAUGGUGUCCAACCCAUCCCUGAUCACCAAGCAGAUGCUGACCUUCUACAGCGCGGACACCGACCAGGGCCAGGAGCUGACCCGCCUCUGGGACCGCGUCAUGAUUGAGCAAGAAUGCUGUGGCACGUCUGGUCCCAUGGACUGGGUGAACUUCACGUCAGCCUUCCGGGCGGCCACUCCGGAGGUGGUCUUCCCCUGGCCCCCACUGUGCUGUCGCCGGACAGGAAACUUCAUCCCCCUCAACGAGGAGGGCUGCCGCCUGGGGCACAUGGACUACCUGUUCACCAAGGGCUGCUUCGAGCACAUCGGCCACGCCAUCGACAGCUACACGUGGGGUAUCUCGUGGUUUGGGUUUGCCAUCCUGAUGUGGACGCUCCUGGUCAUGCUGAUAGCCAUGUAUUUCUACACCACGCUCUGAGGGACAAGAGGGGAAGGCAACAUACACACCCCGGAUUCCUCCGCAUCCUCCUCCUGCUUCCUCUGCUGGGGCCUGGAUGGCUGCCUCACCUCUCACCUCGCAACCUCCCUAGCCCUUACCUCCUUCCACUUCCAAGAUCUUUUACCAGGUUCCUGAGCCCUACUGUGCCUCGGGUGUGACCUGAAACCCCAGGGCUUGUGUGCACAUAUCCUUAGCCCUUGACCUCACUUCACUGGGCUGGUUCCUGCCUAUCUUUCAAGGGACCUCUCCAUGAUCCCACCUCCCAUUCACAGACACCUCUCUUGUAGCUCUCUGACCUCCUCCUUCAUGGCAGGCAUCGCCAUUCUUGCUGAACAGUUUGUGAUUGCCAUUUGAGCUCUGGAAGCCUCUGUUGCCAUGAGAGUUCUGUCACGGUCACUUUACUGUCCCCAUCAUCACCCAGCACGGGGCUAAGCACAUACUAGAUAGUCAAUAAAUAA